CAAUGGAAUAAUAUCAGAUAUCAUUAUUUGGAGAUUUAGUAUAAAAAUUCAGACUGCAAUGUGAUAGUUUAUUCACUCAAACUGCAGUUAAUCUCUGUUUUGAUAUUCAUUCAAAGCUUCACUUAGGAAUCAUGAAUUCAAAGAUCAUUCGUACCUCCUUAUGCUUGGCAGCUGUCAUACUUCUUGCUGAAGGUCUUCCUCAGGGAGGAGGAGGUGGAGGUAAGGCAGGUGCCGGAGCUGAAGCUGGAUUUAAUGUUGGUGCAGGAGCAAGCGGUGGUGGUGGUGGUGAAGGCUGUGGUGAAGGAGGAGCAGGAGGAAGAGCCGGUGCAGGAUUUGGUUUUGGAGGAGGAGCUGGAGCUGGCGCAGGAGGUAGCGGAGGUGCUGGAGGUGGCGGUGGAAAAUGAUGGACUAUUAAUCAUUGUCUGAACAUUCUUCCUAUAAAUUUCUAAAUUCCUCUGAUGUACCUGUAUCAUGUACUUUUAAAGUCAUUGUUCUUAAAUAAAAUACAUUUAAAAUAUUCAAGAUUUUGAUAUAACAUAUAUAUUUUUGUAAAUUUUAUUCUGGAAAAUAAAGUUACGCAAUCCAUUAAGAAACUGCUUGUAAGAAUUAAUUAUUGCAUAUCGCUCAUAUAAUCAAUGACAUGUGAUCAGAUUUACAUAAGCGAACUACUUCAGAUAUUUCAUUCUGUUUUAUAUAUAUGCCAAGUAUAUGCGUUU